AUGAGUAAACCAAAGUCGGCUAUUUCAAGUCUCUCUCCAAGUAAGGAGAUGAUGGACUUAAAGUAUUUAAAGCCCCAAAGAACUGUUGCAAAAACCAGCAUAGUGCGCAUAAAAACUGGCCUCCUUGAAAAGACCAUGUCGCUAGAUCCAAUCGAAUUGGAGUGCCGACUCGACAUAUUGAACUCCCACAGCGAAAAACUCAUAAAAUGUCAGUCGAAAAUUGAGGAAAUCGACGAAGAAGACAUUGCCCGUGGAGAGUUAGAGGACUUAAUUGUAGAAACAAAGUCCAUUAUAAAGUCCAUUCUGGCGAGAAAUAAAUCGUCAAUUGCCGAAACAUCUUUUACUGCACCUCACAGCUCGCGACUACCAAAAAUGUCGUUACCUACAUUCAAAGGAGAAUAUUCCGAGUUUAAAAACUUUAUGAGUCUGUUUGAGAGUUUCGUGCAUAAUGAUCCCACAAUCCCGGAUAUUGAAAAAUUUAAUCAUUUAGUAUCAUGUCUAUCCGGUGAAGCCUUAGGCACAGUGAAGUCCUUCCAAAUGUCUGAAGAAAAUUAUCCAAAGGCGUUGGCAAUCAUGUCGAAGGUUGAUCCCACUACUCGGUCAAAGUGGGAGGAGCAACUUGACUAUGAUAAGCUGCCGCUUUGGGCUGAGUGUGAAGCUAUGCUAAACAAGAGAUACCAGCAUUUAUCAGCUGAAGAAGCUUCCUCAUCCCAACAAAGGCCAAAUAAUGAAGAUACGCGGCAGAAAACAAAAACUCAACAACUGCGACCCUCAAAGACAACAUUUAUCGCGACGAAUUCCAAACUGCCAACUUGCCUUCACUGUGGUUCCAAGGACCAUUAUUUGGCAGCUUGUCCAAAAUUCCAAGCGCUUACUGCACUUAAAAGAUUUGAAUUAGCAAAAUCGAUUUCCCUGUGCAUAAAUUGCUUGCGCAAGGGACAUACGGUCUCAAAGUGCAAAGCAAAUCGCUGUGGUGUAUGCAACCGUUCGCAUCACACCAUGUUGCAUCAAUAUCCGAUCUCCUUUGAGACCGAGCCGCAACCUUCGACGUCACAGGCCAUGCAUAUUAGCAGCCUGCCUGACCGAGUCAUGUUAGCUACAGCCGUAGUUAAUGUAAAGGCCAGCUCCGGUGUUUACGUGCAAGCGCGAGCUCUACUUGACUCCGGUUCUCAAGUAAACUUUAUGACCGAAGAGCUUAUGCAGAAAUUGCGAAUCCGUAAGGAAAAAUUCGCUCUAAAUAUAGUUGGAAUUGGCAAUUCAAAUAAAAAGGUCCAAGGCAAGCUUAAAACUUAUAUAAAAUCGAGGAUCAACAAUUUUGAAUUUUCGGCGGACUUUUGGGUAAUGCGUUCGAUAUCAGUCAAUCAUCCAGAUCGGACUGUAAACACAAAUGGCUGGAAAAUCCCACAAAAUAUUGAACUAGCUGACCCAAGUUUCUACAAGUGUCAGAAAAUAGACAUACUUUUAGGAGCUGAAAUAUUCUUUGAUCUGUUAUCGGUGGGUCAGAUCAGAACCAGCCCAAGGCAGCCAACGCUGCAAAAAACUGUGUUAGGCUGGAUAAUUUCAGGUAAGUAUGCCACAAAUAAUAGCUCCAGUGCCCAAGUAAGUAGCACAUUAUGUCAAUUUGAAGAAAGCGUUGCUAGUAUUGAUACCACAAUCCGAAAAUUCUGGGAAUUGGAAGAAAUACCUGCACAAAUAAAUUCCACACGACUGACUCCAGAGCAGGCAAAAUGUGAGGAAUUUUUUUCGAAAACCACACAGGUUUUACCAUGUGGAAGGCUUCAAGUCAGACUGCCUUUCAAAACCGACCGUAAAUUACUCGGUCAUUCGUAUGAAACCGCAGCUCGGCGGUUUCAGGCGCUGGAGAGAAGGACGCUGAAAGAUCCAGUACUUCGUAAAAUGUACCUGGACUUCAUGCAAGAGUAUCUCGAAUUGGGGCAUAUGAGUCCAACAAAUAAUCGACUCCCGAGUGAGCCGCACUAUUUCAUUCCGCACCAGUGUGUGUUAAGACCGCAGAGCACAACUACCAAGUUGCGCGUAGUUUUUGAUGCUUCGAGUCGCACAUCAACACAAGUUGCGUUGAAUGAAACCUUGAUGGUCGGACCGAUCGUUCAAGAGGAGCUUUUUUCGACCCUCCUUCGCUUCCGAUUGCACAAAUAUGCCAUGACUGCUGACAUCACGAAGAUGUAUCGUCAAAUAUUGGUGCACGAAGACGACAGGAACUUCCAGCUCAUAGUGUGGAGACAGGAUCCAUCGAAGCAUUUGCAAAUUUUUCGAUUAAACACCGUAACAUACUGCACAGCGCCUGCACCAUUUCUCGCCACACGGUGUCUGCAAAUGCUAAGCGACAAAAAUAAAGCCAAAUAUCCACUCGGUUCCAAAGUCAUUCGGAAUGACUUUUACGUCGACGACCUAUUAACAGGAUCCGACAGUAUAGAAAGCCUCACCCAGAUACAACAGGAAGUAAAUAUAAUUUUAGAAUCGGCAGGCCUGAAAUUAGCAAAGUGGUUUUCCAAUCAUACAAGCUCAUCGAAUAGUGAGAGUCUCCAAAAAUUAUUGCAGCUCAGCGAUACCGACUCCACCAAAACGCUGGGAAUCCACUGGCAGCCGAAAGAUGACAUUUUUCGCUUCAUUCUGGAAGAUAAUUUUAGCGAGCUGCGAGCAACUAAACGUAAUAUUUUAUCCGUUUCCGCUCGCCUCUUUGACCCUCUUGGUUUAUUAGCCCCGCUAGUUACCAAAGCUAAAAUCUUAUUACAAGAGCUUUGGAUUCAAAAGCUAGACUGGGAUGAGUCGAUUCCAUUGCGGCUUGACACUAGCUGGCAAAACUUUAAAUCCAAUUUGUUGCAGCUUCCAUCAAUUAGCAUUCCUCGGUUCAUUGGGCGCCGAGGGAUGCCAGCCAAAAUAUACUGCGACAACGCGACGAACUUCGUGGGAGCAGAGAGGAAGCUGAGGGAGCUCCGGGAAGCCUUUCUGGCACAGAAAGAGGAGAUUCUCCAAUACGCCGCCGACGAAGGAUUCAUCUUCGCCUUCAUACCUCCGAGGGCACCCCACUUCGGCGGCCUGUGGGAAGCAGCAGUGAAGUCGGCCAAACAUCUGCUGGUGCGCGCCGUAGGCAACGCGCUGUUAACCGCCGAAGAAAGCGCAACGCUUCUCGUCGAAGUAGAAGCGGUCCUGAAUUCCCGACCGCUCGCACCACUCAGCAACGACCCCAACGACGGCGAGGCGCUAACGCCGGCGCACUAA